UAUCACCGCUUAUCACUUACCAAUAGUUACAUAAUAUUUUCGAAAUGGCUAUCCUUUCGUCCCUCAUAUUUCUCUCCUUGUCUCUCUCCUCAUUCCUUCAAGUGGUCCGGCCUGUUGAUGUACCAGUCCCCCAGUACACCCUCAACCUUGAUCUCCCUCCUCAGGAGAGGUGGGCUCAUAUAGUGAAGGACUAUGCUGCCCUGUACCCGCUACUGAUAGAGGAGUUGUAUCAGAUCAUACCCAAACCAAUAGUAGUGGCCAUUACUAGUGUCACUGGUGUACUGGACCAGUUCAUUCCUCAACCAUACGCUGAUGAGAUUAGGGGAAUAGCUAAAUACACUAACUCAACAGUAGGGGAGACACUCAUGGGUAAUCUAGCUUAUGACUUCACUGCCUUUUAUCAUGGGGGCAAGGCCAAGAGAGGAGCCUGUACCAGUAUACUAGCUGUUGAUAAUAACGGGACACUUUUCCACGGGAGAAACCUUGACUACACAUUUAAAGACCUUAUUCGUAACUUUACAAUCAAUGUUGAGUUUCAGAGCAAAGGCCAAACAGUUUUCAUGGCGACGACAUUUGCAGGGAUGGUGGGCGUGUUCACUGGAAUGAGACCGGGUGGAAUGAGCAUCAGUCUUGAUCAACGGAACACUGGGGAGAUAUGGUCUAAUUUCUACGACGCUUUAAAAACCGGUUUUCAUGGGAUGGUGGGUGUGGUUUUAAGAGAAACUCUAGCCGAUGCUAAUAUGCAUUAUAAUGACGCUGUAUCUAAACUGACUAGUACUCGACUCAUUGCUCCUUGUUUCCUCAUUAUAGGAGGACCCAAAGCUGAAGGUGUGGUCAUAACUCGUGAUCGUUCUAAAGCUAUUGAUGUAUGGCACUUGAAUGAAACCUGGUACCUGGUGGAGACUAAUUACGAGCACUGGAAACCACCACCUGCUACUGACAAUAGAAGAGACCCUGCUAUUAAGGCUCUUAAUAGUAUCGGGAGGAAUAAUAUAACAGCUGAUACUUUAUUUAUAGUAUUAUCCACUCCUCCUGUCCUAAACACAGCUACCUCCUACACCACUGUAAUGUCCAGUGGUUCACCAUCUUACUAUCAGGCCGUGAUAAGGUACCCUCCAUUGCCUGACCUGGAUGUCAAUGAUCAUAUCUAGGAUCAGCUAAUUGAGCCACAUGUUUGAAUACAUGCACAUCUGUGGAUGAUAUAACUAUGAUUUUGAAUGUUAUUGGGUUAAAAUGGGUUUUAAAAUAUUAUUUUGAAUCAUUAGUUCAUUGAGCCCCA